CCGACAUAUACUUUGCUUUCCUUUUCAUAUACUUUGCUUUCCUUCAUCUUCUUCUUAAGUAAAUUGUUUGUUUUUUGUUCAACCUUGUUAAAAUGUCAUCAUUUUGGAAGGAUAAUUAUUUCGGUAAUCGCUAUUCUAACGACACAUGGGGAUCAAAUGCUGCCAAUGAGGAGGAGGAGGUUGUGUCUGGAGUCCCUGUUGAUCAAGAAACACAGUUGCCAGACUUGAACAAGACUCCCACUCCACCUGUUGAUGAACCAAAUUACCCGGUGCAUCAAGUGUGUCCAGAUUACGGAUACGGGUAUGAAUCUCCGUACGUGCAACAAAGUGGAUACGGUGCUGAGAAUGCACCUGUUGAUGAACCAAAUUAUCCGGUGCAUCAAGUGUGUCCAGAUUACGGAUACGGGUAUGAAUCUCCGUACGUGCAACAAAGUGGAUACGGUGCUGAGAAUGCACCUGUUGAUGAACCAUAUUACCCGUCGCAGCCAUCGUAUCCGGGUUAUGGGGUAUACGGGGACGAAGGUGGAUACGGAAGUUACAGUGGAUACGGUGGUGAUGGUGGAUACGGGGGUGAAGGUGGUUACAGUGGAUAUGGGGGCUACAGUGUAUACGACAGUGUAUACGAUAGAUAUAGGGAUGAAGUUGGAUAUGGUUAUGAGUCCCGUAACACAUCACUUUAUGAACCAUCUACCCCGAGCAAUCCAUUUCAAGUAAAUGAGCGUUUCAUGUCUCUAACUGAUUUGAAGAAUUGGGUACAAGAAACGGGAAAGGAUAAUGGUUACGUAAUUGUUACCCGCCGAUCAAAAAAUAUUGGCGGUACUACUGGGAUGGUAUGGCUUGUGUGCGACCGUAGUGGUGAACACCGUAGUAAAGCAACAGUUAGGAAAGCUGGUAGCAAAAAAAUCGGCUGCCCGUUUUCAUUACUCGCCAUCCGGGACGUGACGAACGACACGUGGGAGUUAAAAGUGGACUGUGCGAACCAUAACCACGAACCUACGACGAGUCUGUUGGGCCACGCUUUUGUGCGAAGAUUCACUAAAGCCGAAUACAAGCUAGUGGAGCAUUGA